AUGGUUAACUUUCAGUGGCUUGUUCUUCCCCUUGUUGUAACUUUAUCUUGCUUUUCUUUUUGUAAAGGAGGCAGCGUCUCCUAUGAUUCAAAUGCAAUAAUUAUCAAUGGUGAACGGCGUGUUAUCUUCUCAGGAUCAAUUCAUUAUCCACGUAGCACCGAAGCAAUGUGGCCUAAUCUUAUUCAAAAAGCUAAAGAUGGUGAACUUGAUGCAAUUGAGACGUACAUUUUUUGGGAUCGCCACGAACCUCAACGACGAAAAUAUGAUUUCUCUGGACAUUUAAACUUUAUCAAAUUCUUCCAGCUCGUUCAAGAGGCUGGGCUAUAUGUUGUGAUGAGGAUUGGUCCUUACGUGUGUGGUGAGUGGAACUAUGGAGGCUUUCCAUUGUGGUUGCAUAAUAUGCCGGGAAUCCAACUUCGAACUGACAAUCAAGUCUACAAGAAUGAAAUGCAAACUUUCACAACAAAGAUAGUGAAUAUGUGCAAACAAGCCAACCUCUUUGCAUCACAAGGAGGGCCAAUAAUCUUAGCUCAAAUUGAGAACGAGUAUGGAAACGUGAUAACCCCAUAUGGAAAUGCAGGAAAAACAUAUAUCAACUGGUGUGCUCAGAUGGCUGAAUCUCUCAAUAUUGGUGUAACAUGGAUCAUGUGCCAACAAAGUGAUGCCCCACAACCUAUCAUCAAUACAUGCAAUGGAUUCUAUUGUGAUAACUUUAGUCCUAACAAUCCUAAGAGCCCAAAAAUGUUUACUGAAAAUUGGGUGGGAUGGUUCAAGAAAUGGGGCGAUAAAGACCCUUAUAGAAGUGCAGAAGAUGUAGCAUUUUCUGUGGCAAGAUUUUUUCAAUCUGGUGGUGUGUUUAACAACUAUUACAUGUAUCAUGGAGGCACAAACUUUGGAAGAACAUCGGGAGGUCCAUUCAUUACUACAUCUUAUGAUUACAAUGCCCCACUUGAUGAAUAUGGAAACAUGAAUCAACCCAAAUGGAGACAUCUCAAACAACUUCAUGAAUCCAUCAAAAUGGGAGAGAAGAUCCUCACCAACGGCACCCGUUCAGACCAAAAAUUUGGUAGCUUUAUUACUUUAACGAAAUUCUCCAACCCCACAGUAGGGGAGAGGUUUUGUUUUUUGAGCAACACUGAUGCCAGCAAUGAUGCUACCAUAGAUUUGCAGGCAGAUGGAAAGUACUUUGUGCCAGCUUGGUCUGUGAGCAUUCUUAACGGUUGCAACAAAGAGCUUUUCAACACUGCAAAGAUCAAUUCCCAAACAUCUAUGUUUGUGAAGGUGCAAAAUGAGAAGGAAAAUGCACAACUGUCAUGGGUUUGGGCUCCGGAACCCAUGAGAGAUACUUUACAAGGAAAAGGUACAUUUAAUGCAAACCUUCUUUUGGAACAAAAAGGAACCACGGUUGAUUUUAGUGACUACUUGUGGUAUAUGACAAAUGUUGAAACUAAUUCAACAUCUUCACUUCAAAAUGUAACUCUACAAGUGAAUACAAAAGGUCAUGUGCUUCAUGCCUUUGUUAAUAGACGGUACAUUGGAUCGCAAUGGGGAAGCAAUGGCCAGAGUUUUGUAUUUGAGAAACCCAUUCUAUUAAAAGUCGGAACCAACACUAUAACCCUUUUGAGUGCCACAGUAGGAUUGAAAAAUUAUGAUGCAUUUUAUGACACUGUGCCAACUGGAAUUGAUGGAGGUCCCAUUUAUCUAAUUGGAGAUGGAAAUGUCACAACUGAUUUGUCAUCAAAUUUAUGGUCUUAUAAGGUUGGAUUAAAUGGAGAAAUAAAGCAACUUUACAAUCCAAUGUUCUCACAGAGAACAAAAUGGAGCACAUUAAAUAAAAAAUCUAUUGGCAGGAGAAUGACAUGGUACAAAACAAGCUUUAAGACACCUUCAGGAAUUGACCCUGUAACAUUCGACAUGCAAGGAAUGGGAAAAGGUCAGGCUUGGGUAAAUGGACAAAGCAUAGGUCGAUUUUGGCCUUCUUUCAUUGCUGGCAAUGAUAGUUGUAGUGCUACUUGUGACUAUAGAGGCGCAUAUGACCCAAGCAAGUGCGUUGGAAAUUGUGGGAAUCCUUCCCAAAGAUGGUAUCAUGUUUCAAGAUCGUUUCUAUCGAAUGACACCAACACGUUGUUUUUGUUUGAAGAAAUUGGUGGAAAUCCUCAACAAGUCAUAGUUCAGACCAUCACUAUAGGAACAAUAUGUGGAAAUGCUAAUGAUGGAAGCACGUUAGAGUUGUCUUGUCAGGGAGGGCAUAUCAUCUCUGAGAUCCAAUUUGCUAGCUAUGGAAAUCCAGAGGGAAAAUGUGGUUCAUUCAAAAAAGGGUCAUGGGAUGUUUCAAAUAGUGCUCUUUUGGUGGAAAAGACUUGCAUUCGUAUGGAAAAUUGUUCAAUUGAUGUAUCUGCAAAGUCGUUUGGAUUGGGCAAUGCUACCAAUUUAUCUGCAAGAUUAGCAGUUCAAGCACUAUGCUCAAAGAAUCGAAUGAUGUAAUAUAUAUAUUAUCAUUUGAGCUAACAAA